CCGAGUCAUUGCUAUCCCUACUCUCCUCGCCUAAAGCUUCUACCCCGGUCGGUGCUGCCGCUGACCCCUGAAUCUGUAACUGCCGUUGGUUCUCAGUUCUCACCUUUCCAGCAAGAACAAGAGGCCUCAUCGGUUUAGAUGUCUGAAGAUUCUUGAUUAAUGCCGAUAUAAUUCACGAAUCUUCUGAGGCCGGAAGAGAACCGCGUCCUCACGCUCUGAAGCGGGAGCGGCCGAAACUAAACUGACGGCUUGGUUACCAAGUCCUUCCUCUUCGUGCUUAGGAGGAACUUUGGUUUAUAAAGAAGAUGCCCAGCAAGGUGAACCUUUCUCCUUUCAAGCUCGACAUUGAUGAGCUCAUCAAUGAGUUUGUUGAGGGUCAGUGGACAAGUUUUCCUGACUGGAAGAAAAUAUGGCGUUCCAUGAAGUUUUCAUACAUCUAUGAGGCCGCUCCUGCUACACAUUUGGGUUUCUUCAUGCAGUCAUUAUAUGCCCAUACAAUUGGCCAUAUGAAUGUCAGUGCUUCCUUUACAAGAAGACUAGGAGGCUUGUAUUGCUUAUACUGUCUAUACGAGACUCAACCAUUCAAGCCUCCUUUCAAGAUCUAUCUCUCCCUUGGGGAACUGAAAAAAUUGAAGAACCUCGUCACUGAAGCCAAAGGGAACGAUGUCAAAGCAGCGGCUUCUUUGGUGCAAAGAAUGCUGGAAAAGGAUGUGUUUCUGUUUGGGUAUUUGGAUUUAGAAGAAGCUGCUAAAACCGUAGAAAAACUCACGGAGCAGGAUAAUGAGAUAGUGAAGUGUGCUGCUAAGAAGUAAAGCUUUCUUCUGCAUCAUAACCCCUUCCCGUAUAGAUUUUCACAACCAUCUUCAGGGUUUAUUUUCUGUAUAUUACCUGAUUUUGUGUUAUUACUCUCUUUUGAUUCACAGGUUAUUUAAGGGUACCAGGAUUGAGCACUUCCUACACUUAGACAUGGGAAGGGAAUUGGGUCUAGACGAGUUGAAGAAAUUAUCUAUAGAAUAUGCAGAGUCGAAGCAGCAUGCAAUUGAAGAAGCCCGGAAGGUGGUAAACGUGCAAGACGUGGAGCAUCUUGCAAAUGCCAAGGAACUGGUUGGUGACAAAGCGGAGAAGGUGAGUGAGAGCUGGAAUGCCCGCAAGGAACAGUUCUACGACAAAACAGGAGUGAGGCCCACUGAGGAACAGGCUCAACAAGAUAAUGAUUCUGACAAUAAUGAUGAUUAUACUCGUGAGCUCGAGUUGGAAUUGCAGCUGUUCGACGAAGAAUUGGAUGAGCAAUAAAGCAAUGAUAGUGUUUGGUUAGGGACUAAUCAACUAGUGAAUAGCAGAGGUUUAACCGUCGAAACUCAGAAGUCCCUUCUUUUUCAAACUCAUCUCAUAGACUAAUCCCAUUAGAGAAGUUUUAUUCUAACCUUCCCAAUAAUGUAUAGAUCCCACAACUUUAAAAGCAGACAAUACCCGCCAUUUAGUGUUAGAUAAGGUGAUAUCGGCUUUACUUUUUGUGAUUAGAUUUUAUUCAAAUGAAUUGAACUUGGAAUCUUCAGGUUCAAAGCUAGCGGUAUUACUAUUAGACUAAAUUAUUUUUCGUAAAGUUCACUGUAAAUUUAGUAACAAAUUUGAGAAAGCUAGUAAUUGAUAAGCCC